CAACAACCCGACCUGGCACAGAACACAGGCCAUUCCCGAGUCCUGGCGGUCGAUGUACCUGACUCACGUGUCUCGAAUCGUGCCCCACUUGUCAGCCACCAGAUCGGCGUGGUCGGUGCUCAUCACGCUGUGGGUGGCACUAAUGAUUCAGAUUUGGAGCACAACCGAGGCAAGUUGACGACGUGCUUUACUUGAAUGUAACUGGCACCAGAGCCGCCUCGGCGAGAUCACACUGUGCGUAGAAAGACUGAAUCUCGGAUGCGGACCAAACGCCUCACUUCGGCUGGGCGUUAUCCAUGACGCCUCCAGGUUGACAGCUAGGGUGUAACAAUUCCAGCACCAAGCUGCUCGUCACGAUUUCGAGAAUCCCAUCGCCCGCGAAGCAAUUAGUAUCUGCUUCCUAACGAUGUCAGGCAUAAGGCAACCAAUUCGAAUUGGAAAUGCCUCUGGCGCCAUCGGCGAUGGCAUUGACCAAAUAUACCGGCUGGCAAAAUCAGGAGAGGUAGACGCAAUCACCGCAGACUACUUGGCGGAGUUCAAUCUUGCCUGGAAAGCCAUUGAGUUGCAGACUGCUCCAGACCUGGGCUACGAAACCAAUUUUCUGGACCAACUUGCAUGGGAGAAUGGCGAGGCCGCGAGGUUGGUCGCUGCCAACGGAAUCAAAAUCGUUCAUAAUGGAGGAGCGUUGAACCCAGCUGGUCUAGCACGUAGAGUCUCACAAUACCUUGAUGAAUUGGGACUGUCUGGCGUCAAGGUAUGCUGGGUCACUGGAGAUAAUGUUACUGACAAGGUCAGACAUGGUCUCCUGGGGGAAAUUCAUCACCUCGACUCCAUUGGUUCCGAACUCGACCUCAGCUCUUCUGAGCUUCUUACUGCAAAUGUUUAUACGGGAUGCGCUGGAAUAGUGCAGGCCUUGGAAGCCGGUGCUGAUAUUGUUAUCUGUGGAAGAUGUUGCGACGCAAGCCCUGUAAUGGGUCUGGCGACGUGGUGGCACGCAUGGAAACCCGACGAAUUUGACAGACUAGCCGGAUCACUGAUGGGUGGUCAUCUCAUCGAAUGCGGAGCAUAUGUCACAGGCGGCAACUAUUGUGGUGCCGCGGAAAUCCCACGUUUGCACCAUGUCGGAUAUCCUAUCGGGGAAAUCGACCACGAUGGAACCGUUGUUAUAACCAAGCCGAGAGGGACCAACGGCUUGAUAUCGGUCGACACGUGCAAGGCUCAGUUACUCUAUGAGAUACAAGGGUUCUACUACCUGAAUGCGGAUUGUAUAGCAGACAUCCAAGGAUGCGAAUUGCUACAGUUAGCACCAAAUAAGGUGCAACUACGGGGCGUCAAAGGUCUACCACCACCCUCGACAGCGAAACUGGCUGUGUGCCUUCUUGGAGGGUACCAGGCUGAGUUAUCGAGUUUCGCCGCAGGUUUGGAUACGGAUUUCAAGUUCGAACUCUUCAAGAGGCAGUUGUUGGGAUCCAUUGAUUCUUCCAAAUUCACCAUUUUUAGCAUCGAGAAGUACGGGACAGCGGGCAAUGAUCCACGAUCACAAAAGCAAAGUACAGUUCAGUUUCGUGUGUUCAUACAGGCGGCACACAAAGAGGCAAUAAGAGAUUUCAAGAAAGCAAUAUUUUACAAUGGUAUGCAAGGCUACUGCGGUCUGCAUCUCUCUAUGGAUUGGAGAACAUUGGAACCUCGGCCAUACGUCAGAUAUGUCCCAGCAUUGGUCUCGCAAGACCUUAUUGCACUGCAGCUGCAUUUCGUGAACUCUGCAACAACUAUCAAUGUACCACCAGGGCAGACGUCCAAGUAUCUGAAAUCCAUCCCACGACAGCCGAACUACGAGCCCAAAAGAUGUCCUCAAGAUUCAGGUCUUCUUGACACUGUUACACGUCCGCUGGGAGACUUAGUGUUUGCCAGAUCAGGGGACAAAGGGGGCAACGCCAACGUGGGCUUUUGGGUCCGUGACGCUGCUUCAUGGCCGUGGCUUCGGGUGUUCAUGACGACUCAGAAGUUGAUUGACCUACUAGCUGACGACUGGGAUGAUCGUUAUAAUGUUGAGCGCUGCGAGUUCGAGAGAAUCUGGGCUGUACAUUUUGUGGUCAAGGGAAUCCUGCAGGAAGGAGUCAGCAGUAGUAGCAUUCUGGAUGGCUUCGCCAAAUCGUUUGGAGAGUUCCUCCGUGCUCGGCAUGUUGCCCUGCCUGUAACCCUGCUUCAGCUUGAGGAAGACCGGAGGCGGCAGGGGUGUUUGACGUAUAGAGAGGGCAAGCUAUAGACCACGCGUUAAAGCAGAAGGAGAGCUCGG